AUGGCGCAGUCGACUCCAACGACCUCAUUGACAGACAGCCCCAGGACAUUUGCCCUCCUGGAGAAGGCCAAAGUUCAAUUGAUGCAAUGCGCUCGACGGAGGCCUUCCAUGGAUCUCACAGCAGCCGAGUCAGCCGAGCCGAUUUCCUUGAAGGGCUGGAAGGGCCCUUUGCCGCCGAGCCUCCUUGGCAACCGGCAAGUCCUGCAGCAGCCGAGACUUCGCACGGAAAAGUCCAAGGAGGUGCAUGCCCUUGAGAUCGACAGUCCCAACUCCAUGCAGAGGGCUGAGGUGGUGCGAGCCAUGUCCUGA